AUGGCUGCUGUGAAGAACUCUGUGCCUGAGGACAAAGGCCCUGACAAGGACGCCUCAGAGGUGUCUUUGUCAGGGAGUGUGUUAGACUCUGGGAGUGUCCUCUCAGAUGACUCAGUGCUUCCAGACUACGAGCAGGAAGGUGAUUCACAGGGUACUUCCAACACGCUGUAUGAUGUGUGCACUCGGAAUGACCCCCUGGCACUCCGAAAGGUUCUGGAGAGAGGGGUUACAAAAGAGGAGGUCAUGGCGGUAGACCACAAUGGCUGGACUGGACUGAUGGUGGCGUGCUAUAAGGGUUUUUUGGACAUUGUGCAAUCUCUUUACCACUGCCCCUACCUGGACAUAAAUCACCAGGACAACGAUGGCAACACAGCACUGAUGAUCGCUGCACAAGCAGGUCACACCAUUACAGUGACCUACAUCCUAAACUACUACCCCGGGGCAGACACAGAGAUCCGGGAUUGCCGUGGCUUCACCGCACUCAUUAAAGCUGCCAUGCAGGGCCGAGAUGAUGUGGUGUCCUCCCUCGUCAUGGCCGGUGCAGACCUAAAUGCAAUAGACACCAGGAAGCAGAAGUGUGCGCGGGACUGGGCACUAAAGACGGGCCGCUACGAGACCUUGAGCCGCCUCCGCCGCCUCAACCUGCGGCCUAGAGCCGAGCAGUUUAUUGAGAGCUACGUCCCCGAGUGGCCAGAACUGAAAGUGCUGGUGGCCAAAGCCACAGCCAACAAGAGCACCGGCCAGAUGAUCACCCAGCGCAUCAAGUCCACCUUCAGCUUCAAUUUUCUCCAAGACCCCCAGGACAAUGGGGUCUUGGACCAUAUGGUGCGUAUCACCACCAGCAUCCACAGCCCUUUGGUGGCCACCAGCUGCCGGCCGCUAUGCCCCACCAGCCCCCCCGAGGUGGGAAAGAGGCGCUUGGCCGUGCCUGAGCUGAGGAAGAAGCACUCAGAGAAGAAGCUGGAGGAGAGCUCUGUGUGCCACAGCAACGGCUCCGUCUCCGUCUCCUCCAUCAUUCCACACAUCCACUUGGCCGAGACCAUUGCCACGUCCUGCUGUGUGGACACAGAGCGCAGGGGCAGUAUUAUCUCUACAGCCUCCACCGGGGUGCGCACCUUCAUGCCCAGGUACAUGGCCCACAGGAAUAGUGUGUUCCCUUCCGGCUGCAUCCCCAAGAUCCAGAUAGUGAAGUCUGGAGAGCCCACACCUAGGAAGGAAAAAAAGAAGAAGAGGCACAAGGGUCACCUGGAGCUGCCCGUAUGGAAGUACAAAGCAGAGAAGCAAGAGAAGAAGGAGAAGAAGGCAGAGAAAGAAAAAGAGAAGGCCAAGAAGGAAAAGGAAAGGAAAAAGAAGAGAGAGAAGUAG